GAUGGAAGCUGGACAGACAGGAAAGGAGGUUCUUUUUAAAGGGAUAAAUCAGAUAAGAGGCAGGGCAAAGUAGCAUCCGGAUAUAAGUUAAUGAUAUUUCAGGAAGAUCAUUGAAAAAGUCACUCUUUUUUUGGUGCUAGUCAGGAUGAAGUUGUACCUGCUUCUCUUGACCUUGCUGCAGUUUCUGGGAUGCUCAGGCGCCCCGCUGUACAACUCGGAGCUGGAGGCGGUGGCUAACAGAGGUCUGCAAGCGGCUCUGUCUGAGGUCAACUCCAUGUACGCAGCCUCUCAUCUGUAUGGGGUGACUCGUGGGUCUAUCUCAAGGGUCAUUCCUGUGGGCAUGAAUAUGGUUGAUCUGCUGAUGACAUUUGGCAUCAAAGAAACACAGUGUCUGAAAACCUCCAGAAACGACCCACAGACGUGUGCCUUCAGACCUGGCUUCUUUGUGCCGUCUUUCUCCUGCUUCAGUCGGGUUCGUAUGACCUCCACCUCCGCCCAGGUGGUUUCUCUCAGAUGUGGACAUGAUGGGAGCUCCAGCUCAGAGUCCAGUGAAGAGGUUUUCUCAAGAAGGAGACACCAGAUAAAUGUGCCAUUUGCAAACAGAGAAAAUAAUCCUCCUCCACCUCCACCCGUCCACCCUGACCGCUUAUUCCAAAACCCAACAGAGGACGUCCAACCCCGAGGAGACACCUUCAGCAACUUUGUGGAGUGAAAGCUAUGUUCAUGAGUCAAACUUUAAAUAAAAAUUGUAUUUCACUAAAAUAUUUUAGUCUUUUUUUUUUUUUUUUAACAUGAGUCACAU